AUGUUGAUCGACUUCGACUGUGGCGAGGUGCAUGAGUGCACCUUUAUCGAAAACAGCAUCAAGUUCCACGCCCCAAUGCCUGAGGCUGGGGAUAUAGGAUGCUAUGAGAUAUGGCAGGCUGCCCAGGAGGCUGAUGUCUGGCCCUCCUGUUUGGCAAACGAAGGCAGAAUACCCGUCGGCGAUAUACUUUUGGGUCGGCAGCAUAUAAUUGCUUUCCAGUUGGACCGAGGAGUCGGUGUCGAGCAUGUGGAAGAAAAUGCGGACAGGGUACUUAGCCAUCUGCAGCGUCGCCGGACCGCAUGUUGCGUUCUACGCCGCAUCCCCGAACUUGCGCACGUCUUCGUGAAGCUCGCGAGCGCGCACGAGCCGAACCGCGUGUCCGCUGUUAACGCUGAGUACACUCCAGGGAGCCCCAUCUUAGAGCUCCCUUCAGUAAUUCUCCAGCGCUGCGUCGCCAUACCUGGCAACGACGACUUGGACAUAGCCGUCAGUGAAGAGGUCUCACCGCUCGACGUCAACUUCCAGCAACUCAGCCUCAAGACCCCCGGCCUCACUCGUCUGCCCUGCUGUGUCGCCGGCAGCAAAGCCUCGACAGCCAAAUACACGAUCGCAAAUUUCACACAGUGGUACCAAAACGAGACAACCACUUCCGUCUUCCUGGCCGAACUCGAAGCUAGCCUUGUCGACGGUGGCACCGGAAGGACGACUCGGGAGGUCGUCUGCAAGGUUGUGGGGGCUGUCCCCGUAAAUUUGAAAGCGCUCCGGCUCGAGGCCAGUCUGUAUCGAGACAAGCUUGAGAAGCUUCAAGGUAUCCACGUUGCUGAGUUCCUCGGUCUGUUCGAGGGUUCGGCUGCAGGCGACAAACCCUACGCAAUUUUGGUCACCGUCUUCGAGGGCGACACGCUAAACCGAGAGUUGGUUGAGUACGAUGUCGACUUCCGGUCAGUCAUGCGUCCUCGUACCCCCCUGGAAAAUGCUCUCACCUGA